AUGGACGAACAAAUUCGAAUUGCUUUGACAAAUACCAAAGAACAAUAUCGGAAAGGUUUAGGUCUUAGAAAGGAAGUACGACGAGCUAAACGUCAGCAAGAUGAAUUUAAAUUAAUUGAUCAAUAUCAAUCACCACCAGUUCAAGAUUCAAGACUUGAGGCGAAAGAGCAAGGGCAGCAACAAGCAUCAGUAACAACUUCAAAUACAGAUGAAGAAUAUCUUAAAUCGAAUCACAAGAUUAUUCGUAAUGACGUGGUUGAUGUCGAAAAUGAUUCAAUAGAAGAUGAUAAUAUCUUGCACUAUUAUUUACAAGAUACUGAGAGUGAUUUGGAUGCAAAUGUUGGGUGUAUCGUCGAACUUCCUCUCAAACUACGUUAUCGUCGUUUUAAUAUGGCCCUCAUAUCCAUUUGGGUUGGGUACACUGAACCGUUAGCCAACUUGUGGUUUGGCAAAAUUAUUGAUAAAUUGAAUUAUAUAAAAUCACAAAAUAUUUGUGUUUCACCUGAUCUAAAUUACAAAUUAAAAUUUUUUGGUGUUACGGGUGACUGUCCGGCAAUUAAAUUAAUUUUGGACUUUGUUGGUCAUGGCGGCUAUUGGUGUUGUUGGAUAUGUUAUUUAAAGGGUAUUCAUGUUGACAAUAAGCGUCAAUAUCACUGUGAAUUACCAAUCAAACACCGUCAUUCAGAAAAAUAUUUACAAGAAUCAAUUCAAGCUGUCCAAGAAAAUCGUGAUAUUUUUGGUCAUCGUGGGGUUGGUGUUUUACACAAAAUAUUAGACACACCAUUACCUGAAUGUAUCAUCAUCGACUACUUGCAUUGCACAUAA